GUUACAACGCCGUGUGUCCAAGAGGAGACGCGGUUACUAGCCCCCACUAUAAGCAAAACCGUUCGUAUAGGUUAUAAAGGACCGAGCUCCGUACUAUACGACUGCACUCUCUCAGUGAAACUCUUGGAGGAUCGUUCCACGGCUACCCUGUACCCUCCUUCUCUCCCAACUCGUGCGCCAUGAGGAUUAUAUCUUUGGUAAUCCCAUUAUGCCUGUUACUAAUAACAGAAGCGAAACGAGCGGAUCUCCGGCCUCGUAUCACGGAACCGCAAGUUUAUUACGAAGAAGACGACAGCCAGGCAGCCGAGGACGAUUACAGCCCAGCGGUCUACCAACCGCGUACACGUGCCCUUCCUUCGCCACGUUCGAAGGACGCUCUGCACUCAUCGAAGCCUCCGCCAGUCCAGACUAUUCGCAAUUACAACAAGGUGAACGACGACGGAUCUUUCACUUUCGGCUACGAGGCAGCGGACGGCUCGUUCAAGGAGGAAACUCGUGGAACCGAUUGCGUGGUGCGCGGUAAAUACGGCUACAUCGACCCUGACGGCAACAAAAGGGAGUUCACGUACGUGUCCGGAAAUCCGUGCGACCCGAAUGCGCCCAAGGAAGACGAGGACGACCUCGCCGACAAGCAAGAGGAGGACGACAUCUCUGGCCCGGCCAAUUAUCCUUCCGUGAGGCCGAUACCGAGACCGGCGGCCAGACCUGCUUAUCAACACCCCACCACGCCCAGACCACCCACCACCAUAUUCCAAACGCAGUACCAGUUGGACGACGACGCCAGUCAAGAGUUGGGCGACGAGGACUUCGUGAAACCGUCAACCCAAUUGAGAGGGAGCGGUUACAGAACGGCCCAACAGCCAACGGCCUACGUCCCGGUCACGCCGUCCACGGCUCUCUACGAGCCAUCGCCCACCGCCAACCCUGCCGCCCUCUACAGACUAGCCUCCUCCACCACGCAAUACCAGAGCACAGCCUCGCCCGUUCUCCGCGGCCACCCAGCNGCGUCCAUCCCGGCCGCAGACCCCAUCUACCAGUCGGAGCUCGUGUACGAUCCCGCAACCGGUCAGUACAACACCCAACUAUAUCAAUCGCUACCCCAAACCGUGGGCGACUUCACCCUAAGUCACAAACUCCAACCGUUCGUAGCCCAGCCCCAGUCCUAUCUCGGCCUCCAGCAGUUGCAGCAGAUCCAGCCCCAACAGCCCCAACGCCAGUCCCCGCUUUAUAAGCAACCGGCCGCCCCCCAGCCAUCCGCCACCGUCAACCAACCCCAGGAAGUGCUGUACAGGAAGCAACAGGCCCAACUGUUGCAACAGUCGCAGCAGCUCUACGCCCAACAGCAGAGACGGCAACAGCAACAACAAUCGACACCGUCGCACAGGCUUCAGCUGCUCGAGUCCCAGACGCAACCGCAGUCCUUUUACUACGUGGCGCCUGCGAGGUCCUCCAACUCGGCCAGCGCGCCACUUUCCGUAGGUCAGAUAGAUCACUAUCUUCGAGCCACAGCCGGUCGUUAUUGA